UUACAUCUCGACGCUCUCGAAGAGAUGAUUUGCGUGGAGAGUCGGUACUUUAACAUCAAUCGAUUUCUUUUACUUACAGUUGGCUUGUGGCCUUUUGCCCAAUCUAAACUCGCUCGAGCACAACUGAUUUUGCUGUACGGUAUUUUGAUAAGCUUCAUUUUAUUUCAGUUUAUGAAAUUUGUGUCUUCAAAAUGUACUCUACAGUACGCCAUUGAAAUUCUUUCUCCCACAACUUCAUUCAUUUUCUAUACGAUACAGUACAGCAAGUUUUCCUUUAACAUGGAUCUCGUGAAACAUUUAUCAAACCUACUUCAAUGUACCUAUAAUGAGUUAAGAGAUGAGAGCGAAGUUGCUAUUAUAGAAAAAUAUUGGAAUAUUGGAAGACGUUACACUGAAGUACUUACGCUGAUUGGUGUGAGUGGAAUGUGUGUUUUUAUUAUUUCUCCAUUUCUACCGCAUAUUUUCGCCACUAAUGUGUUGCCGAGAAAUGAGUCACGACCAAAUAUUUCAUUACAAAUUGUCCCGGGAUACUUUAUUGAUGAAGAAAGACAUUUUUAUUUAAUAAUGCUACAUACAAAUGCAGCGUUCUGCAUAGGAGCAAUGGCAAUGGUAGCGUCAGGGACAAUGAGCAUAAUGUAUAUUCAACAUAUUUGUGGAAUGUUAAGCGUUGCUAGUUAUCGCAUGGAGAGGAUCAUAAGAUUUGACACUCGACAAAGAAACGUUGUUGCAAGUGCAAAUUUAAUUUACAUGGGUAUGGUGUGCGCCGUAGAUAUGCAUCGCAAGGCUAUAAAGUUUAUACAACUUUUCCUUUCCUCAAUUAAUAAAUUCUUAUUCUUCUUAAUAAUAGACGGAUUACUCACAGCAAGUCUCAAUCUUUAUCAACUAUUUCAGGAAUUGUCAUCUGGAUUUGCUAUCGAAAAAAUUACACAGUGUGGCAUUUUUUUGCUUUACUAUUACGUAUAUACUUUUCUUGCCAACUAUUGCGCGCAACAAAUUUUAGAUCAUAAUAAUCACAUAUUUGCUACUGUGUACAAUGUUCAAUGGUAUAUAGCCCCCUUACGUAUACAGAAGCUGAUACUAUUUCUGAUACAAAGAGGAACUAAGACUUUUGAGAACCUCGUAGUUAUUGGUGGAUUGUUUGUAGGAUCCUUAGAGGGUUUUGCCACGUUGGUCAGCGCGUCACUUUCAUACUUUACAUUUCUUUAUUCUACGAGACAAUAA